GCGGUGGAGGAGGAAGCAGAGGAUAACACUGCUCCAUCCUCCUAGCCGUGCGACUCUGGCACAUCGCCACGGCACUCAGCAGAACUGGGAGACUGGACCUGAAGGCAGAGAGGAGUUUUUCUCCAGAGCGAAAGAACAAGACAGAGAGAGAGAGACAGUGAGAGAGAGAGGGAGAGAGAGAAAGAGAGAGAGAGAGAGAUGCACCCUGCGCUCUUGCAUGUGUGGGCUGCAAGUCCGGGGCGAUUGCGCUAACUGAGGCACACUGCACGCACCAGCGGAAUAUGUCCUAUCCGUACUAUCCUGUGGAGAUCGCCUAAAACUGAUGGAAAUGAACACAAAUGACAAAGAUGGAGGACAAUGAUGACACCAGAUAAAGUACCGACGCAGAAACCUCCAUGUAACCCUUAGCCACCCGCGGCUUUGACUGGAUUCACUCAACUUUGGGCACACUUCAGGGGUCUGAUAUCGCCAUUCCAGGUACUGGGUCGGUGGCCCUUCCCAUUCAGGGACAGCACAACACGACGCCAGGAGGGAGGAAGCUUCCGGGAAGGCCCAUCAAGGGACCACUGUGUCAUCACAACGCGCAGCCUGACAGGCAGAUUUCCCUAAGGAACAAUUAAUUACCAAGGGAAGAGCACCAAGAUGAGGGAUAUGCUGCUGGGGAUCUAUGUUUUUGUGGCGUUGGCAAACGCUGCUUCUGUUGAGGAGAAGGUCGACUGCCCUCGACCAUGCGUUUGCGAGAUCAGGCCCUGGUUCUCUCCAAGCUCAACAUACAUGGAAACUCCCACUGUGGACUGUAAUGACUUGAGACUUAUUUCUAUGCCUGAGAGGCUGCCCAUGGACACACAGGUCUUGUUGUUGCAGACAAACAACAUUGCCAGGAUUGAAAGGCCCUUGGAUUAUCUGGCCAACAUCACAGAGAUAGAUGUAUCUCAGAACAAUUUGUCUGCGAUGGGCGACAUUAACCUCGGAAGCCUGCCCCAGCUAUUGUCCCUGCACAUGGAGGAAAACUCUAUCCGCGUGCUCCCUGACAGCUGCCUAGCUGGGCUCCACAAUCUCCAGGAGCUGUACAUCAAUCACAACCUGAUCUCUUUCAUUGCUCCCAGGGCCUUCCUGGGGCUGGGCAAUCUGCUGCGGCUUCAUCUCAACUCCAACUGGCUGACGGCCAUUAGCAGCCAGUGGUUUGAGGCUAUGCUGGGACUGGAAAUUUUGAUGAUCGGCGAAAACCCAAUCAUGCGCAUUCAAGAAAUGAACUUUAAGCCACUUAUCAACCUCCGCAGCCUGGUCCUGGCCCGAAUGAAUCUGUCGGAUAUACCCGAUGACGCCCUGGUCGGACUUAAUCGCUUGGAGAGCAUCUCGUUUUAUGACAACCUGUUUGCUAAGGUGCCCCGCAGUUCCCUCAAGAAGGUCCCAAGUCUGAAGUUUCUGGAUCUAAACAAGAACCCCAUUCAGAGGAUACAGAGAGGGGACUUUAUGGAUAUGCCGCACCUGAAUGAGCUGGGUAUUAACAGCAUGCCCGAGCUGGUGUCUAUUGACAGUUUUGCCCUCAGCAACCUGCCAGAGCUAACAAAAAUAGAGGCAACCAACAACCCCAAACUGUCCUACAUCCACCCCAAUGCAUUCUACAGGCUGCCUCGAUUGGAGACACUCAUGGUUAACAGCAAUGCCUUGAGCGCCCUGCAUCGUGUCACUGUGGAGUCCCUGCCCAAUCUUCGGGAGGUGAGCCUACACAGCAACCCCAUCCGCUGUGACUGUGUGGUCCGCUGGAUGGGCACGGAUAGGACCGGCGUGCGCUUCAUGGAGCCGGAAUCCCUGUUCUGCAUGGAGCCACCUGAGCUGGAGGGACAGCACGUUCGGCAGGUGCACCUCCGAGAGAUGACAGAGACCUGCCUACCGCUCAUCUCCCCUGGGAGCCUCCCAGCGCUGGUCCGUGCGCGCCAUGGGGAAUCGCUCUCACUACACUGCCGGGCAUUCGGGGAGCCAGAGCCUGAUAUCUACUGGAUCACACCCUCAGGUGACCGGAUCUUGCCAGAUACUGGUACCAUCAAGUAUUACAUGCACCCGGAGGGCACGUUUGAUAUCUAUGACCUCACAGAGCAAGAGGCUGGACUAUACACCUGUGUUGCUCACAAUCUUGUUGGCGCAGACCUUAAAGCGGUCUCAGUGCAGGUCAAUGGAUACUUCCCACAGCCUGCCAACGACUCUCUGAAGAUCAGCAUCAAAUCCGUGCAGCCAAACUCCAUCCUGGUGUCUUGGAAAGCCUCCCACGGCAGCCUGCCACCCAACAUUAAGUGGUCAACGACAUCAGAGGGCAAUCAUCCCGCUCUGGCAUUCAAAGCAAGGGUUCCAUCUGACAUUAACACAUACAACUUAACACGCUUAAAUCCUUCCACACAGUACAAGGUAUGCGUGGACAUUCCCAGCAUCCAUCACAAAACCAGUAGGAAGUGCAUCAACGUCACCACCGAAAGUAUGGAGCUAGAGGUCAAGAGCUAUGAAAACCGGGACACAUCAGUGGCUACCAUGUAUGGCUUGCUGUUGGUUGCAACCUCGGUGACCUGCACACUUAUUUAUGCGUCCUUGAGAAAGCACCACUUUUGUAAGGGUAUAAGGAAACCCCAAUCAAACGCCCCUCUGACACCUGUCCUUGGGCUCUACUCUCCCCUCACAAGACUGUGGGUUUCUGGUAAAGGAACGCCUUCUGCAGUCGAGGUGAGGGCCACUGUAAUAGAUGUAACAAACAAUGCCAUAUAAGAAAUCUUUCAUCACAUCAGGAGGCUCCACAACACCAGGUAAUGGACAGGGUGCUAGAAGGGUCUCAACGGACUACACUGUAUUGGCGCAUUCUUUGCCUCGGUGUGGACAUUCUAUGAAAGCCGGGAUUCAGUUCAAUGUUUGAAGGCCAUGCAGACACACAUAGACACUGGAUACCUUGCCACCCCUCUACCAAGAGUGAGGAGAGUAGCUUUGCUACAAAACCGACAGGGUUUGUUAACCCUUGGUUACUGGACAUUUACACUUUACUAAGUGACUAAAGGGCAGGAUGGCAGGCUGAUGUCUAUCAGUGACUGUUAUUAUGUAAAGAGUAGUGUGUAAAGAGCUAUCUCUGCGGUCCAGCCUUUCCCUCUGUGCUGUACAACAUACAAAGGCAAGCUAGAGGUUCAAAGUGUGGUAUUCGCAAUGGGGGGGAAGGGGGGACUUGUACUAGAAUAGACUAAAACUGAUGAUGUAAAACACUUUUGUUCAAAUAUACAUUUAAAAGGAAAUGGUAUUUUGUCUUUUUAUUAAAAUGUUUUAUAUUCGUUAUAUAAGAAUGUAUCGGAGCUCACUGGCAACUCUGUUGAUUCAAAAUUGUAACAAACUUGUGAGUGCUGUACAAAAUGAAAGAGCUUACAGGUAACCUGAGGCACAGAUCGUCACAGAAGCAUCUCUAAUGGACGUCUGGCAGGAAGAUCAGGGGUCAACAGCCGAGCAUCAGUAACUAAUGGCUGCUUAUGUCACGUCACGGGGCAGGUUCAUCACAGGACAGUUCAUCACAUAAAUACUGCGUUUCUUAAGCCACAUCAGAUAGCUUUCAUUUACAAAAGUUGUAUUUAAACACCAGCUACUUCUGCUGGGUCUUAUUCUUUUAAAUAAUGAAGCAGAUGGACUCACGGCUCGACCCAAACACAGGGGACAUCUGCGUUGGCCCAUGACAGAACUGGGAGUGUUUCUGUUUUAAGAGCCAACAAGGGACGUGUCCUUCAACGGACUAGGAUGCUUCCUAAAACAACGACCAUGAUGACAAGGCUAGAUAAGACACUUAGAACAAAACAUUAGCAGAGGAUGGUCUUUUGGGGGUGUCCCUCAGACAAGACUCAAAAUGCCAGAAGGCAGCAGGGCGCCAGGCCGCCUGGAAUCACAGCCCAUUGACUUGGAAUAGCAUUACAUUUGUUUCAUUAUGAAUCCAAUAUCUCUUCCCCCGCUGACGAAUGGCGGUCACACCUGGAGUGACAUGAGCAUUUAUCAGGUGACGCUGGCCAUACAGCGCAUUUCAGCACCGCGGACGUGACGUUUAGAGAGACACCAUUUGUCUGAGGUGGGGGUCCCACAACGUUGACCUGUAGCACCACCAAGGUCACCAGGGGUCACAGCCAAUCUUCCAGACCCCCUCGCUCUGUGACAGAUUCACUACCCCCAUAGUAAUACAGACUGCAACAGGCUGAGCUGAACAGCGGGCCACACAUGGCGUAAUGGAGGACAAAACCGCCAUGUUACAUAACCCUUCUGAUGACAGUGGUGUCGGACUGAAAUCAACCCCGUAUCAUUCCAAAAUCCUCACCUAAAAUCUCUUUUUUUAAAUCAUUUACACACGGCGCACACAGAACCAUGGAAGGCGUCUGCACAGAUGGCGUAUGAAAAGAAUGGAAUGUAAGGCUGUACAUUUUAUUUUUUAGUAGCCUUCAUCGCUGUCAUCGUCAUCAUCAUCACCACGUUUAACUUGGUAAAUUUUGCCUGCUUUCGUAGUGCCUGUGAAUCCAUGCAGCCAUGAUGAAUUCACCAAACACAUUCCUGGACAGACUUGCGUAAACAGUGACCUGAAACAAGUCACAGUUCAUGGCAAAGAAGAAGUAUGCAUCAUGGGUCAUCAUUUAACUGUACGUAAUCCAGCUUAAAUAUCAAAAACCUCUGAAAUGAAAUAAAAUUCCUCUGAUAAGAAACA